GGGUGGAAUUUCAACAUGGAGCCCGGGGCAGGUCUGUGAGAGUGGAGUUCCCAAUGGAUAGCUUAAGAAUAACUGCAAGGACUGAAUCGAGGAGUCGCUAACGCAGGAGAAAGUUCAAAACCUAAAUGUUGUGAACUUUUACGGCAUUAAAUAUAUGACCCGUUUGGAAUUUGAACUACAAUCCCAAACUUCAAAGUGCGAGGGAAGUUUAUGCGUUUUGAUUGCUUACUUUGCUGGGAAUUGUUUUUGUUUGACAUCGCUUAAGAUUUAGCUCGCUCGCUAGUUAUACGAAAAGUUGAGCUAAAGUAGGCGUACUAUAAGUUAUUCAGCAGCUUGUUGAAAACUGAUUUUUCUUUACCGUAUACCUGACCUAAAUACUGGGCCGUAACGAGUGGAUUGUGGUUUGUUCAAUGGAUAAACUCGGCAAUCAGAAAGUUUUCUGUCGACUGAGCCUCGAUCAGAUUUCCUGAAGUUACAGUCUUAGCGUGGAAUAACUGCAGCUGUCUCCUUAUGAAAAAGAAAGCAAGAUCCCGACUUCGCUUCACUCGCUGGGCAACAAAGGAAAUGUAACUGGAGUUAAAACUGCAUGUUGUGUUGUGUAACCGUUGUCGCUCCGGCAAGAAGACAUUUAACACUUUUUUACACUCGUGACACACAGUGAGAGCUGUAACGAGAUGCAUUGGUAACGUUAGCUGAAUCCAACCGUUCGGCAAACAAAGAGGAUGUCGAGACGGUCUGUCGGUUUGAUUGACGCCGACCACAUACAACCAAAUCCAUGCAAAAAAUGGGAGAGAAAUGCUACAAUGCGGAGGACGAGGUGGUUGCGAUAUGACUGAAACAAGUGCAUCUUUUUUUCUGAAACAUUGGUUUUAUUUUAACUGGAUUGCCGUAGACCGCCAGGCCAUUGUAAAAUACACCACUUGAAACAUUUUGCGUGCAUUCAUCUUGUUUGGAUUUACAGUUAACCCCUCUUAUGCGCGCGGUUUUAUUUCUAAUUUUAUUAGAGAUGAAGGUCCACGCUGCAUGUGUCUUGCGAGUCACUGCAUUUUUGUUUUUGACGAGCAAUGGCUUGACAAUAUCAUCUGAUUGUAAAACAUCUGAAGAACGUCCACGAAACACUGGGAAAGGCUCCAUUCCUGCAGCGACAUUGGAGAGAGUGGUGUGCAGCAAUAUGGACCUCGAUCAGGUGCUACCUUCAGACUCGUUUCCCAACAGGACAGUGACCCUGAUUUUAAACAACAAUAAAAUUCAAGAGCUGAAGAAUGGCUCCUUUAUUGGCCUCUCUGCACUGGAAAGACUGGACAUUCGGAACAACACCAUCAGUCACGUUGAGCCUGGAGCGUUUUCAGGACUGCUGGCCCUCAAAAGACUAGAUUUAUCGAGUAACCGAAUUGGCUGCCUCAACGGGGAUAUAUUCAAGGGCCUCUCAAAUCUGGUUCGACUGAACCUGUCGGCGAACCUGUUUUCCUCUCUGCCCCAGGGGACCUUCGACGGUCUCGUCUCUCUUAAGACACUGGAGUUCCAGACGCCCUACCUGCUGUGCGACUGUAACCUGAGGUGGCUCCUGCGCUGGAUUAAGGAGAAGGGCGUGGGCGUGAAGGACACCCGCUGCUCGUACCCGCGCUCCCUGCAGGGCCAGCUCGUCACCUCCCUCAAACCGGAGCUCCUCACCUGCGACGCCCCGCUGGAGCUGCCGUCCUUCCAGAUGACGCCGUCGCAGCGGCAGAUCGUGUUCCGCGGCGACAGCCUGCCCUUCCAGUGCAUGGCGUCCUACGUGGACGAGGACAUGCAGGUGCUGUGGUACCAGGACGGCCGGAUGGUGGAGCCCGACGCCGCGCAGGGCAUCGUCAUCGAGAAGAGCACGGUCCAGAACUGCUCGCUCAUCGCUAGCGCCCUCACCAUAUCCAACAUCCAGCCGGGCUCCACGGGGAACUGGGAGUGUCGCGUGCGGACCAGCCGAGGGAACAACACCCGCACCGUCCACAUCGUGGUGCUGGAGAGCUCCGCCAAAUACUGCCCCCCGGAGAGGGUGUCCAACAACAAGGGGGAGUUCCGGUGGCCGCGCACCCUGGCGGGCAUCACCGCCUACCUGGCCUGCAACCGGCUGGCCUCGGGCACCAGCAUCUACUCGGGCUCCGCCGCCGACGACCGCCGGGCCUGGCGCAGGUGCGACCGCGGCGGCUUCUGGGCCGAGGAGGACUACUCCCGCUGCCAGUACCAGAAAGACGUCACGCGGGUGCUCUACAUCAUCAACCAGAUGCCUCUGAACCUGACCAACGCAGUGACCACCGCCCGGCAGCUUCUGGUCUACACCAUGGAGGCUGCCAACUUCUCCGACAAGAUGGACGUCAUCUUCGUGGCUCAGAUGAUCGAGAAGUUCGGGAAGUUUGCGGAGAAGUACAAAGAGCUGGGGGACGUGAUGGUGGACAUCUCCAGUAACCUGAUGCUGGCGGAUGAGCGGGUGCUGUGGAUGGCCCAGCGGGAGGCGCGGGCGUGCUCCCGCAUCGUGGAGUGCCUGCAGAGGAUCGCCAGCCACCGGCUCGCCAGCGGAGCGCAGGCCUACUCCACUAACUCUCCCAACAUCGCCCUGGAGGCCCACACCAUCAAAGCCAGCAGCUUCAACGGGAUGACCUGCACGCUGUUCCAGAAGCUGACCCCCGAGCGCUCGGGCAUCAGGGAGCUGUCCGGCCGGGACCCCGACAUGAACCUGGACAAGCAGCUGAGCUUCAAGUGCAACGUCACCAGCACCCUAUCCAGCUUGGCUCUCAAAAACACCAUCGUUGAGGCUUCGCUGCAGCUGCCCGCCUCGCUCUUCUCCCAGCUGUCUGGCCAAGCCGAGGAGACCUACAAGCUCCACCUGCUGGCCUUCAGGAACGGCAAGCUCUUCCCCGCCACCGGCAACUCCAGCCAGCUCGCUGACCAGGGCAAGAGGCGGAGCGUUGCCACCCCCGUCAUCCUCACCAAGAUCGAGGGCUACCCCCUGAGGAACCUGCGCAGCCCGGUGAACGCCACGCUGCGGCGGUUCGCGCACGGCGCCGACCCCGUGGCGGCCUACUGGAACUUCAGCCUGCUGGGCGGGCAGGGCGGCUGGGAGUCGGACGGCUGCCGAAUCCUCCACUCGGACGACAACUUCACCACCAUCUCCUGCAACUCGCUCAACAACUACGGAGUGCUGAUGGACUUGAGCGGAGGGGAGUACUUCCACCACAGCGCCGACCUCCUUCACCCAGUCAUCUACGCCACCGCUAUCAUCCUGCUCCUGUGUCUGCUGGCUAUUAUCGUGAGCUACAUCUACCACCACAGGUCUGUCCGGAUCAGCCGUAAGUGCUGGCACAUGCUGAUCAACCUGUGCUUCCACAUCUUCCUCACCUGCGCCGUGUUCGUCGGGGGCAUCACCCAGACCCGUCACGCCAGCGUUUGCCAGGCUGUGGGCAUCGUGCUGCACUACUCCACUCUGGCCACCGUGCUGUGGGCGGGAGUGACGGCACGCAACAUCUACAAGCAGGUCACCCGCAAGGCCAAGCGCUACGAAGAGCUGGACGAGCCGCCUCCCCCGCCCAGGCCCAUGCUGAGGUUCUACUUAAUAGGCGGAGGAAUACCCAUCAUUGUGUGUGGUAUAACUGCAGCAGCUAACAUCAAGAACUACGGAAGCCGUGUUAAUGCGCCUUUCUGCUGGAUGGGGUGGGAGCCCAGCCUGGGGGCCUUCUACGGGCCGGCGACCUUCAUCAUCUUCGUCAACUGCAUGUACUUCCUGAGCGUGGCGGUCCAGCUGCGGCGGCACCCCGAGCGGCGGUUCGAGCUGAAGGAGCCGCCCGAGGAGCAGCAGCGCCUGGCGGGCAGCGAGCAGGGCGAGGGCCCCGCCCACGACUCCGCCUCCGUCUCCCAGGGCAACUUCUCGGCCGUGUCGCUGUCGGCGCUGGAGAACGAGCACACCUUCGCGGCGCAGCUGCUGGGCGUGGGCCUGGCCCUGCUGCUCUUCGUGGCGCUCUGGGUGUUCGGGGCCCUGUCCGUGUCCCAGGAGUACCCCGUGGACCUGGUGUUCAGCUGCCUGUUCGGGGUGGUGGCCCUGGGCCUGGGGGCCUUCCUGGUGGUGCACCACUGCGUCAACAGGGACGACAUGCGGCGCUACUGGGUGUCGGCCUGUUGCCCGGGGCGACGGGACUACUCGGUGCAGGUGAACGCGCCUCCGGCGGGCUCCGGCCCGGGGAACGAGGAGGCGGCGGCCAAGUGCCCCAACGGCAGCGCGGAGUCCUCCUGCACCAAUAAGAGCGCCUCCAGCGUCAAGAACUCCUCCCAGGGCUGCAAGCUGACCAACCUGCAGGCUGAGGCCGCUCAGUGCAAGCCCCCGGCCGUCCCCGCCCCCGCCCCCAGCAACGGCGCCGCCCUGCUGGACAACAGCCUGACGGAGCACUCUGUGGACAACGAGAUAAAGAUGCACGUGUCGCCCAUCGAGGUGCAGUUCCGGCCCAACGGGCACCCCGGGCGGCACCACAAGAACCGGACGCGGGCCCACCGGGCCAGCCGGCUGACGGUGCUGCGGGAGUACGCCUACGACGUGCCCACCAGCGUGGAGGGCAGCGUGCAGAGCGGCCCGCACCGCAGUCGCCACGGCAGCCACGAGGGCCACGCCCGCAGCCGGCGCGCCGCCUACCUGGCCUACAGGGAGCGCCACCAGAGCCACGUCCAGCAGGACAGCAGCGACGCCAGCGCCUCCCUGCCCCGCCGCGGCCGGAGCGGGGACAGGGGGGGCGGGGCCGGGGGCGGGGCCGGCUGGGAGGCCGCCGCCUCCCCCGGGGGCGGAGCCGAGGCGCCCAGCGGAGGCGCGUCCAACACGAGCAAAGACAGCUUAAAGCAGUCCAUCACCGUGGACCUGGAGGCGCAGCCCAAGUCGUACGGCCUGAAUCUGGCCAAUCAGAACGGGCAGCUCAAAGACAGCAGGCAGAGCGCGGCUUUGCUCGGCUCAGAUAACACUGGCAACAUUAAGACUGGCUUAUGGAAACAUGAAACUACCGUGUAGCGAUUGUUCCUCCCUGAAAUGAACGCACCCAGCGUGCUUCUUUUCAUGAACUGUGAAUCUUGUUUGUUUUAUUUUAUUUCAUUUAAAUUUAUUUUAUUUUAUUUUAUUUCAGACACCAGAGACAAUUUUAAAAAGCUUUAACAAAAAGUUUUUUUGGAAAUGUUUUUUAAAAAAUGACUGAAAGACCACAAUAAUUGUGUAUGUGAAACUGAGUGAAGAUUUUGUGAAGAGCCCCAGGGAUUGUAAGAGGACGCAGCUUUUACCGUUUUGUAAAUGAUCUAUUUUUAUAUACUUUUAGCCCUGUCGAUCAUGAAUUUUGUAUGUGAAACUGCAUGGCCUGUGCUGUUGCCCUGCGCAUAUAUAAUGGGCUGGAUCAUUUUUAUUUUCUAGAUCUUGAAUUUUGUUUUUACGUAAUAAACGAAAUGUGUCUAAUUG